GCCAUCAUCUCCACCGUUGUGUCUUUGGUCCUUGAGUGUGUGUGUUUGUGUGUGUGGGAAUGUGUGUUGUGUGGAUGCAGCACUGACACACUGACCUGAGGGAGUGUGAUGAGCUCUGAGCAGACCCAGUGAAAUCUGCACGAGACGGUAAGACACAACCACGCACACGCAUACACUUUCCUAAAUAACGGGGUUAUUUUUCCGUGCGUGGGUGUGAGAUAGUGUACAUGUGAAAAGUGUGAUUGUGACCUAUGCCUGGGAACAGUGUGUUCGUAUGCUCGGUGUGUAUAACGGGACAGUCCGUUUACUCUGGGGGGCUUACUGCCUAAAAUAGAGCCCCUGUAGGUGUGAGGCGUUUACGUGUCUGCGGUUUCAACUGACUACAGCGCGAGCUGAGGUGAGUUUCUUUAAACACGAGGAGACUCUUCACCGGUUUAUGCCGAAAUUACACCGACAGAACCGACUCAACCAUAACCAGAGAGCCGUGUUUUUUCGCGUGGGUGAGAUUUGCAUUGAACUCUUUCGGGGUUCAAAUUAAAUCAAGAUUUCCACUCCUCCUCUCCGUGCGAGCACAGCACACACACACACACACACACACACACACACACACACACACACUCCAGACGUUGUCUCUGUCGGAGCCCCGCCCUUCUGCGCUGUGGUUGUGAACAGAUCAGAUUUCUGUGUGUGCGUGUUUGAAACAUCUUUGCUCUUCUAAAUGGAGCUGAAACCGACUGUGGGACUAUGACGUGUUAUCUGCGUCUUUCCGUGUCCUCUGUCUGUCGAGGAAUCCGCCCCCCUUUGUCUUCAUGUUUUUUUCUCUAACACAAUAAUUGCUCACAGGGAGGGGCAGCCCCCUCCCUCUUUUUAGGGCGGGUGGUCUGUGAGGCUUCACUGGUUGUCGGAAAUUUCAGCACCCUCCACCAGAGGAUUAGAGGAUCACAUUCCCGCCAAUUACAGUUUUUUUCCAGUCGCUAACAAGCACUUACCCAUUCAAACACAAUUAGCCAAAUGGAUAAUUUUCUUCUCAAAAACACAUUUUGUUACAGUUUUUCUCUGUCGCUUUGGUGCAUUUCUCACAUCAGAAUGACAGUUCUCAGAAGUUUUAGUUAAACCUCCACAACAUUGAGUCAUUUGUACACGUCAUCGUAGCAGUUUCUCAUUCCUCUGAACAAAUUGCAAAUCCUCUUGGAUAUGUAUCAGUUACUUUCAUACAAUUUAUGCUGUUUUAUGACAUUAUCGUUUGCUUCUGUCAUGUCAGUCAAAAUGAACUCUACUUCAGUCAGGAACACUGUCAAAAUUUAGCUUUAUAAAGCAAAGUUAAAUUUUGCGGCAUGAUUCUGUUCCGAGUCCCUGCCCUCCCACGUGCUUGCAUGGAAGCCAGAUGCAGGAAAAGCCCCUUCCUGCCCUUUACGAGCCAUCAUGAGUAGUGGAGCAAUUAGCUGGCACAAGGGCGGAGCUGGGGUGGCGGUGGGUUGCGGGUUGGCUGUCGAAGCAGUGGCAGAGGCUGGGUUAGUGCAGUUUUAAAUAGGGCACUGUAUAGGCAUAGGACCAAUAGGAGCUAGAAGGGAAUCAGCUGGCUGUGGUCCGGUUGAGGUGGCUACUAGCCAUUGGCUGUGGAUCAGCGCUUGACGUCGUGUCCUGACAGAACUAACGCUAUGCUUCUUUUAUAAAUGCUGAAUAGUCAUUCCCUAUAAAACUAAUAUUCCUAAUUUCAUUGCUUGAGUCAUUACAAUUGUUGAGUUAGUUCUCAAAAUCUAUUAAGACAAUUAAACAAUCUUUUUUUUUCUUCCUGAAAAUGUCUCCUUAAUUGAACAAUUUCUCUCAGGUGAACCUCAGCUUUUACUCAUGAGGAGUUGUGUGAGGCAUUAGUUGUAAACAAUGUCAGGCCACUUGUCCAUAUUCACUCAGAGCUGCAUCCUGUGAACCCUCCCUUGGCAAGCAUAUAAAACAGCAGGACAUAGUGUGAACCAUUUCUACAAUUCUGUGACACAAGAAUGGAAGGUCAGCGUUGUGGAGGAGGGGUGAGAAUGCGGGGAGGAAGGGGGAGGGGACAAAACAGGAGCAGAGGAAGAAGAGGUGGAGGACAUAGGCAAAUUCCUGAUGAAAUUAGGGCUACACUUGUGGACCAUGUUGUCAAUCACGGCCUCACUAUGGCUGAGGCUGGUCGACGGGUGCAACCAAAUGUAGGGAGAACCACUGUGAUCCUAUGUUUGUUCCAAAUAAGGGACUGUGAAUAUACUGUGAAAUGCACUAACUGUUGUUCAAAUAUUCAUACUGAUGUGAGAAAUGCACCAAAGCGACUGAAAAAACUGUAAAUAUAUACUAACUCUUCAUUUCAAAAUAGAACACAUCUUUCUCUGCACACACUAACUUUACCAAAACACUGGAAAUCUGACUCAAAAUGAAAUUAUUCUGUCAAAGAAUUAUGUUUUCACUUCACAAGGUACAUGCAGUCGUACAAAAUAUCCAUGAAACACACAAGAGCAUUCUGAACAAAAACAAACAAACAAAAAAACAGAAAAAAGCCCAGAUUAGACUAAAAAAAGCACAAAAUUACUGUAUCUCAUCUCUGCGAUCUUCAGGGUUAGGCCACAUGUUUUCAUCAACAUUUCAUCUGAUAUUAUCCAAGGUGAUGAACCUGGGAUAAAACCACUUCAUAUGUCGGAUCCACCUUUGGCAGUCAUCAACUGAUAAAACUGAUAUAAAUCAGACGUGUGUCAAUUAUUCAAUUGUUUGUUUAUUAUCAGCGGAGAUAUAUUGGUUUAGAACUGAUAUCAUUGCAGAAGCAGAGGUUAAUACUGUAUCUAAGGUUUGGGAUAUUGUUUUUGCUAUUGUGGGCUGUUAAGUGUUAACAUUCGUAAAUAAUACAAAAACAAUCCAUAAUUUUGUUGGGCGGUAUAGCAUUGUGGAAAGGUGUUCACUGACUGCAUAUUGUGUGAAAACGACAUGGAAUGUCUGAAUGGUUUAAUUGUUGCUGUGCUAAUUGUGCUUAGAGUUUUGAAAAUGUGACAUCUGGUUGGACAAACGCUUGUCAGCAACUGAAAAAAAAUGAUUUGUUUUUUGGAUAUUUACAUGAAACACGUUGACAGCAGAAGAGAGGAGAAAUUAAUUCUAAUAAACCCCCAAAAUAAAGAAAACUGCAAAAACACUGAUAAAAAGUAGAAAAUACUUUUAAAAGGCUGUGUAGAUCAGACAUUGUAUUUCCACAGCCUAAAUUUUAGUGUGUAAAAUAAUCAAAUCCAUCAGCUUGCAGAAUUACACACACAGGCACGCACGCACACACACACACUUAAGCACACACACUGUCUGAAGAACAGCAAAAAAAAAAAAAAAACAGUUUCCCUUUUUUUUUGGGAAGUGUUUGCAAUACGCUUCCGUGAUAUAUGUUUCCUGUUUUGUAUUCCCUGAACAGACGGAAAGCCCUGUGUGCUGUUUGCAUAUUCACUGUGUGUAUGUUUGGGUACUCCCUGACUUCCUUCCACAAUGCAAAAAGCAAGCUCUUCAGGUUUGUUGGUCACUUGGUAUUUUCUUGCACCAGAGGUACAAAUUAUUAGGCAGCCACAGUUUGAGAGAGGAGAGCAGGGAGAGAAGACGUGUGUAUAUCAUUCAAACAAUCAAUCAGUCAAUUCUUUUAUAUAGCGCUCUGUCUCUAUAGUAACCACCGGCCAGCCACAGGUAUCAUGCUCCUGCUCUCUGUAUCAAAUCUAUAUCCCCUUAAAUGCUGUUAACCUACAAAUCCUGCCAAGAGAUCCUGCCUCAGAGUAUAACCUUAUAUCAAAACGUCGCCGACCACAAGCUCUGUGAUUGGUCCGCUGGGUAAUACUGUAUUUCCUGCAUGUACAACAUUUCUAGUAUUCGUUCCAUCCUCUUAAUCAGUGAUUAUACAUAGAGGAUCAGGCGUCUAAAGGUUUGUACUGUAGCAUCUAAAAUAAGACUCAGCUGCUCUCUGAGAAUAGAUAUACACACAGACACACACACACACACAGACAGCUGCAUUCUGACCCCUAUAUUUCAGCUGUAGGAUCUGUCAGUCUAUUCAGAGGUUCAAAAAGUUCAGGUUGUUGGUAAAGUCAAAGCUAAGAGGAUGAAGAGAGGAAUACAGCUCAGAAACCAGAGAAGAGGUUAAAACUCAAGGAGUAGGACAACAGAAUAAUGAAGGCAAAGGAUAGACACUAACUGUGUGUGUAUGUGUGUGUGUUUUUUUUUGCAGAUGAUGUGGAGGUGUGUGUUGCUGCUCUCUGCUGUUCUCUCAGUCGGUAAGUAUCAUCGUCUCCUUAUCAUCAUUGUAAACAUGACCUCUCUGAUACACGUGCCUUUAGACAGCACAGGCCCGAUCCAGAGGUCAAAGGUUACUGUUAGCUGAUAACCUCUCAGUGGUGUUGUAAACAGAGAGCUCAGUGUCAGAUUGUCAGUGUUACAUUUACUCUCUCUCAGCUGUCUGCCGCUGUUUGAUUAAAUCAUGAUCUAAACCUCCUCUGGACUCUCCUCAUCAUCCUUUCUGUUAAUGAUACAGUUUUUUUACACCAAGUCCAACCUGGAGGAUCUUUAAUCCUCCGAGUUUCUGAGCUCACCACACUCUAAAACCUCUUGGGUUAUUUCUUUAACCCAAUUCCUGGGUUUUACAUGUUGAGAUAAAUUUCUGGGUUAUUUUUCAGAUCCAUCCCCAUUUCUUGGGUCAUAUGGAUUCUGCUGAAACCCAAUUUGAGGGUUUAUUGAAUGGGUUAAUGAUUAUGGAUUAUUUUUUUGAGAGUAACCCAAAAAUUGGGUCAGAACUUUGGGUUCGAUUGACUCUGCGUGGUUUCCAGGCCUAAUUGCAAUUAAAGUGACCUUGUGAACUUUGACCUUGAUUUUAUAAACUAUAUAUAUAUAUAUAUAUAUAUAUAUAUAUAUAUAUAUAUAUAUAUAUAUAUAUAUAUAUUGGGGUAGCUACCUUAAUAUAUAUUGGGCGGUUGGGGUAGCUCAAGGGGCAGAGCAUUUGACCCCCAACUGGGGGGUUGGGGCUUGGAUCCCACAUGAGACACAUCUGUAAGGAGCAUCCACCAGUGUGGGUCCUUAGGCAGGACCCUUAGUGCUAAGGCCUACAAUCAGAGAAAAGUACAAAUAAGGGAAAAUAAGGUACAGGUUGUAAAAGCAAAACUCCCCAAAACAGCUCUCCAUAUGCAUACCAAGACCCAAGACCAUGAGUCAAAUUAACUUGAACAUUGGCUUAACUUGACCCUUCAAAAGAGUUAUGGAGUUGACCCAAAAUCUGGGUAAAUAACCCAACGAGUAGUCGGUCCCUUUUUAACCCUGGUGUUAGGUUAAAAACAACCCAACUUGGGUUGUUUUAAGAGUGCAGAGAGACGAAUCUGUUAAAUCUUCAGUCUGUGGUUUGAUGGACUUUUUCUUUAGUGCCUUUGGUAAUAGGAUCACGGUCAAUGAACACAGGCUCUAAAGGGUUGAAUAUCAUACUCCUACUUAAUCAUAAUUAAGAUUUUUAUUAUAGCAAUUAAUUAAGCAUUAUUAAGUGGUUCAUUUCUGUUUAAGCCCUACUGUCUUUGGCGCCUCCCUGUGGUAGGAUUAGCAAACCCAGACAAAGUUUAAACUGAAAUUGAAAGGAUAAUUAUAUUAAUCAAUUAAUCAGUAACGAGUGAAUUGCUUCUGUUUUCUGUGUCUGCUUUGGAUUUUUUUGUCAUUAGAAUUUGUUGUUGAAAUACAUUGUCGAUGUUUGGCAGUUUCUGUUGUUGCUGUUGUUCGGUUUCAGAUGUUGUUGAUGUUAUUUUUGUUAAUUUCUGACAUUGUUAACUUAAGUUGUUGCUGUAAUUGUUUUUUUUUUUUGUUGUUGUUGUUGUUGUCGUGCAUGUGGGCUUGUGGAACCACUUCUGUGUCCUUUUAAAUGUAAAUGAUUUCAAGCAGCAGGAAAUUCCAGUGUGUACUGCCAGGAAGUCCUAUCUUGCUGCUGAAGUGGCAGCAGAUUUCAUUGAUAUUUUAACCGACUUCAUCUGAAAGGAAACUGCAGAAAAGUAGAAUGCAGGUGGCGAAAAGGCAAUCUGCAGAUUAACUAUUAUAUCUUCUGAGAACAACUGAUCAUUUACAACAGAGCAAUCAAACGGGCCAAAAGGGAAUACUUUAAAACACAUUAGUUCAUAGGAAACUUUCCUCAACCGUAGACCACUUAAUCAACCCUGUUUUUAACCAACCUCACAGUUUACACUUUUCAUUUGAUGACCUUGCAGUCCUCUUCAGCAGUAAAAUAAAUUUUAUCAGAUUAGGAGGCACGGCAUCAAUUUCCACAGCUAUGAGGAUGACACACAAUUUAUGUUGCUGUUUCUCCUGAUGACACAGGGCCACUCAAUGCUCUUUUUAACUGCAUUUUAGACAUUAAAUCAUGGAUGGCAGAGGACUUUUUACAGCUCAACCAGGAAAAAACUCAGAUGAUGAUCUUUUAAUCUAUGUCAACAGGCUAAGAAUUUAGGUGUGUUAUUUGAUUCAGAGCUGAGUUUGGAUAUCACCAAGAGAGCAUUUUAUCAUUAAAAAACUUACAUGGAGUGUGGCCUUUUCUCUCUCAAGCCAAUGCAGAGACUUUAAUUCAUGCCUUUAUCACUUGUAGAAUAGAUUAUUGUAAUGCCUUCCUUUCUGGUCUCCCCAAAAAUAAAUUUUCACACCUGCAACUACCUCAAAAUUAAGCUGCACGGAUUCUAACAAAGACCAGAAAAAGAGAUCACAUUACACCACUUUAAAGGUCUCUGCAUUGGCCACCUGUCUCUUUUAGAAUAGAUUUUAAGGUUGUUUUAUUGUUUUUUAAAGCUCUAGAUAGUUCUGGCCCUUCCUAUUUAUCUGAUCUUCCUUUACCUUAUGAGCUCAGAGGUCUUCAGGAAUUUCUCUGUUAACAGUACGGGAAGUUAAAACAUAACAUACGGUGAGCCAUUUUUUUUUAACCAUGUCCCCCGUCUAUGGAAUAGCUUACCUGAAAACCUGAGGGCUGCACCUAAUGUCAAUGUUUUAGCUUUUAUUUAUUUCUAUUUUUAACUUAAGAAUUUUCUUUCAUUGAGCUAUUUUGGUGCUCUUAUUUGAGCAUCAUAUUACACUGUUUUCAUUUUAUUUUAAUUUAUUACUUCUUUAAUUUUAUUUUAUGUUACUGUCAGAAAAAUAAUACUGCAUCUGACAAUAUCUAUUACGUGUAAGAAGUCAGCAGCUUACAACAAAGGCAGCUUUAUCUGACUGAGGAAUUCAGAUUUGUGGAUGUUUCCCUGCUCCAACACACCUGAUUCAAAUGAUGAGCUCGUUAGUAAGCUGGUACAGAGCGUGAUACCGAGCUCAUCAUUUGAAUCAGGUGUGUUGGAGCAGGGAAACAUCCAAAACAUGCAGGACAGUGGGCCUCGAAGACUGGACUUGAGAACCCCUUAUGCGGUCAAGAAACAGACACCCCUGCCCACGAACAUCAUCUCAAAAGUGGCAUGACAUUACAACAGUAUCCAAAUAGGGUACAGGUUGCAGCUGUGGUCUGUACUGGGAAGACAAAGACAGCUAAGUUCAUCAUCAGGUUCCUGCUUAUCAGAUCAAUGUCACACUGCUGGGAAAACAACCUGAGUGAAAUUGUAGCUUUCCCAUGCUCAUUAAAAAGAAACAGAUAUAACACUGGCACGCAUUUUCAGCAAAUGAUGAUUAACAUACGUAUAUAAUGAUAAAAUACACAUUUAUCACUGUUUUUUUUUUUUUGUGUGUGGUUGUUGCCUCAGAAUCGUACCAUGUGCGGGACCAGCAUGAGCGUCUGAAUCAUGGCCGUCAGCUGAAGAUUUAUCUUCCUAAGAGCGCUGAGAAGCUUGAGUUCACCCCUGCUGAUGAGCCCGGUAAAAACUUCCUGCUGUGGGAGAGGGGCCACUCCAGGUGAGGACCACUUGGGGUCACUGAGGGCGGGGCAAAGUGUGUCUGUCAUCAUGUUAGUAGCAUACAUGCGUUGUUCUUUGCAGAGUGACCAGGGGACGUGUGUCAGGGACAGGAAGUGACCGCCGCUGGUACAUUGACAAGGUGAGGCUCAGUCAACCCGGAGACGACAUAGAGACAUGAAAUACAUCAUCAUACUGACUCUCUGCGUUUGUGUGUACAUGUGUGUGUAUUUGUGUCAGGUGACUUAUGAAGACCAGGGGACGUACACACAAAGAGAUUACUGGAACAAGGAGAUCUCCAAUGUCAAAGUGGCCAUCACACGUGAGUUAGCUGAACAUCCAGUACUCAACAUAUUAUACUUGAAUCUGUCUUUUCUCAUAUUGGUUUUGGAGAUAAAAGGUUUCUGUCAGAUUGCAAGGAUAUGUAACAUGAAAAAUAAGAUAUAAUAAGAUAUAGUGAAAAUACUGCAUUAAAAUGUUGAAACUAAAAACUGUUAUUGUUUUAUGAAAAAUCUGCUGUAACAUGUUUCUAUGAAGUAGUUCCAGGUAAAUUUUUCCCAUCAUGUAUCAUCAGCUCGUCUUUUCCCAACACUCUGUAGACAUUAAUAAACCCAGCAGACCAGUUUCUGGAGUCUGGAAUUCAAAAGUCCCAUUCUUGACUGAUAGAGUUGUUAGCUCCUCAAUAGUUCAGGGUCUCCUUUGUCCUAUUUUUGGUGUCAUGAUGCUCCAAAUGUUUUCAAUGGGGAACAAGUCAGGACUGCAGGCAGACCAGUUUAUCAGCAGGACUCUUCUACUAAAGAGCCAUGCUGUUGUAAUCCCUACAGAAUGUGGUUUGUCAUUGUGUUGCUGAAAUAUGAAGGUCGGCCCUGAAAAAGUUUUUGUCUGGAUGGCAGUAGAUAGAUAGAUACAUAGAUACAGUAGAUAGGAACAUUAUUCUGUAACCGUUGACUUAUUGGCUCACGCAGUCUCCCAUGGGUUGCCUGGUGUGUUGUCAUUGUGACGGCAUUCUAGAAACAUGUUUCUGCAUCAAACUUAAAAUGAACAGAUAUUUUCAGGUAUAACAAUAUUUUUGAAUUUCACUUUAAUAUGUUGUCUUUGCGCUAUUUUCUGUUCAAAAUGAAACUUUUCAUGACUAUAAACCACUAAAAUCAGUUUUAAGUCCAAACUUUUCUUAGAAUCAAUGAUGUAUAUAUUGACUAUAUAUAUUUUAGACCAUUAAUUCUGUGUCUUUGUGUUGCAGCACGUCAUAACUUUGUGAAGUGUAUAGCAGGAGAGACUCUGCGUAUCUCUCUGGAGGGACUCGACCUCGCUGACAGCUUCCUGACGUUCAGCGGAGAAGCUGCCAACGUCACUCUAGUAAGGACAGGGUUAAAAGUUAUAAAUGACCAAUAAAUAUGGGAGUAUAUUAAUUGAAUAAGGGUUGUUUAUGAUGAAGAGUCUGUGUUCACGUAAAGUUUUCAGCUCUUAAUUUUGAGGAUAUAAAUAUCCUCAACCAAUUGGAGCUCUCCACAGCAUCAACAGGAAGCAGCAGAACAGAGAGACAGAAGCCUCAGGGUGUCAGAGGCUCAGGUGUGACAGCUUUAGGUGUUCAGGUGUGACCAUCUGACAGCAGGUGUUCUGUCCUCAGGUCAGAGAUGGGGCCCGUGUGUCUCAGGACAUACCUGAGUACUGGGACCGGGUUCGGACGCAUUCCAUGAAUAUCGAGAUCCUCAACGUCAACGUCAGCGACCAAGGACGAUAUGAGCUGAGAGACCGCAGAGACAGAGUGGUGUCCAUCACCAGGAUGGACCUGACAGGUAAGACACACCUGAGUCUUCCCAGGUGAUGGUGAAGCCAUCGUGUUAAAAGAUUUUGUGCUGGUGGAUGUUUUUUAAGGUGGAAACCUGACAAAUACUGGAGCUAUUUGUCCUCAAAGGCCACCAUCAUUUCAUGAAAAGGAAGGGUGAGCAAGGGGGUGUUUCAGUCUGUAGUCUGACAGCAGAAUGUAGAAGAAUAUUUCCAUUUCUGUGCACUUUCCCUCAAAGUGUGGUGCAUUCAAAGAUAUUCUGUUCUUAAGGUUGUCAGAUAUGUCUUUCACAUGAGCAUAUGGUGUUUUCUACAUCCAUGUAGCAGUGCAGCAGUGACAGAGUUACACUCCUUCACUCAGAAAAACAUAAUGUCUGAUUGGUUGACGUUUUAAUCUGGUACUAAACUGGAAACAUGAGGUCACCCAGGCAUGUUCAUAAUACUCUAAAUCGUUGCAGACCCUGAAUGGUGUGUGGCAUCUUGGCUCUACCCUCAUCAUCUCUUGCUCUCUCUCUCUCCAUCUUCCUCUAUCAGUCUGUCCUCUGUCCUUCUUUCUCUUUUUCCAUCUCCCUCUCUCCCCUCACUAAACCCAGCUCAGUCUCAGCAGAUGACUGUCUAACACAGUGGUUCUCAAAUCCAGUCCUCGAGCCCCCCCCUGUCCUGCAUGUUUUGGAUGUUUCCCUGCUCCAACACACCUGAUUCAAAUGAUCAGCUCGUUAUCAAGCUCUGUAAUGGCUUAAUAACGAGCUGAUCAUUUGAAUCAGGUGUGUUGGAGCAGGGAAACAUCCAAAACAUGCAGGACAGGGGGGGCUCGAGGACUGGAUUGAGAACCACUGGUCUAACAUCAGUCCGGUUCUGCUCGAGGUUUCUGCCUGUUAAAGGAAGUUCUUCCUCUCCACUGUACCUUGAUAAAUGCUUCAAAGUGUUUCACUUGUGUGGUUGAAGAUGGGAUGGGAGUGGGUCUGAUCCUACAAGAUGGGACUCAGUCUCGUCAAGUCUUCACAUUGGGUCUUUGAAAAUAGUCUGCUCUCAACCAGCUUUUUUGUUAAGAUAAGUUGUUCCUUUAAUAGUUCCACGAGGGGAAAUUCUAAAUUUACAGGAGCAAAGUAUAGAUUCAAAAAGAGAAUAAUUAAAAGAUAAAGAAACUUUGUACAUGAGUCAUAUUUACAUCUGUACAGAAUUUACAUAAUAAUAUGAGUCUGGUGAAGCACCUUGGGAUAACACCUGUUAUGAAUUGACACUGUGAUUGAUUGACUAAUUACUCCUCACAGGUGUGACCUGAGGACACCUGAUGAGUGAUGAGGUCACGUCAUCACUCUGACAGUGAGGAUGCUGAGAGGGGUGGGGUUGACACUACAGAUGCAGUACCAGUGCAGGCAGCGUUAAAGACAUCUGUCAUCCUCUUUAUUGUGGUGGUUUAUUGAAGCUAUGUUUGUCAGUUGACAGUAAACACUGUCAGGUGUGUCAAAAGCUGGAUUUACUGCCUGGACUAGCUCUUAUACAUUCUGAGAGCCGCAACUGUGGGUCUUGAGAAAUGAAGCUGAUGUAGAAGUGCUAAAGCUUGUAGUACACUCAAGGCUGUCAGCACUGGAAACCAUGUAUACACUAAGCCAAAAAACGCCUGUUUUUGGAGCAAAAGUAAACACUUUUACAGCCUGGUUUAGAGACACAGAAGGCUUCCAAGUGUUCUUCUCUGUUUACUGGUGACCUUUAGAAACAAAGACCUCUCGAGAGCUGAUUGGCUGAGAGAUGGCAAGACAGGGCAAGACAGUGUUUACACACAGGAAGAGUUUAGGGUGCGGUCUAUUUCAUGGAACCAUCAGAAAAAACUUUUCAUUCCUCGGCAGGAAGAAACAUGUUUUAGCAGAUUCAUGUCUGAUUGAUUCCAGACAUUUGAUGGAGAUUUUCCAAAUGGUCCCAUGUCACACCCAUCCCCAGAUUUUUACACUGGCUCCCCAUUCAAUACAGAAUCCAAUUGGAUUACCUUCUUUUGUGUUCAGAUCUUUGCACGGACAAGCUCCAGCUUAUAUCAGAGACCUGCUGAAGCCUUAUAGCUCCAGCAGGACUCAGGAAUUUGCUGGUUGUCCCCGGACCAGACUACGACCUAAAGUAGUCUACAAACAUUUGAGUUUUUUGCUCCAGAACUUUGGAACUCUGUCCCUCGAGAACUGAGGACUGUGGACACUGUGGAUACUUUCAAAAAGCAGUUGAAAACCCAUUUGUUUACACUGGCCUUUGUAUGACCAGGACUUUGGCCGCUAGUGUGCAUUUUGUUUAAGUUAAUGUCUUGUUGUAUCACCCUUUUUAAUUUGAUGACUGUGAAGCACUUUGUGACAUCUUGUUUAGAAAGAUGCUAUACAUACAAACUUGUAAUCAUUAUUAUAACUUUUCUUCUUAUUAUUAUUAUUGAGCUCAAAAUUCAGCCUCCAAAGCACCUCCACUCUGAAAUUUGGUGGGCUAACGUAUCAUGCUUAGACCUCCAGAGGCUCAGACCUGCUGUUAAAUCUAAAGUACAAUGUUAACUCUGUCCCCUCUCUGUGCAGAUCAUCAUGAGUAUGCAGACGGAAACCCUCUCCUGGCUCUGCUGCUGUUGCUCGGGAUCCCUGCAGGAGUCUGCUGUUGCUGCCGUAAGAAGAUCUUCAAGAAGAAAGCCAGCAUGGCCACCACGCAGCAGGUACACAAAAAACACACUCACACUGCAGUUCAACACAUUUUGUAGAUAUAAACACAUCAUUCACACUGUAGGUACAUAUCAGUUCAGUGUUAUAUAUUUAGACAUGGUCCUGCUCAUAUGCUAUAGUUAAAAUCAAGAUGAACAUUCCCAUUGAAGGCAGGGUUAAACCAGCGGAACAGGAUCUCUGCAGGAAUGUUUGCAUCAUCUUCAAUUAUCUCCUCCUCUUCUCUGACCUAUGACAUUCACACACCUUUACACAGAAACAAGGCAAAGGUCAUAACUUUGAACUACUGCUCAUGGUUAAAGUUAAGAUCAGGAAAUACCCUCCACACCUUUUAGCCUACAUAUUUGGCAUGAAGAAGACACUGACAGUUUUACCACAGUGUCAACAGGCAGAAAGGAAAUGUGAGAGACCAGACUGAAACAGUGUACAGAUGUGUGUUUUCAGUCUAUGUACAGUAUGAAUAUCAAUGUAUAGAUACAUCUACAGCUGCUCAGGGGUGAGCUUUAGUCGUGCAACUGUUGACCCUCUUUGUCUCCCUUUCUGUCUCUCUCCAGGGGUCCCCUGUUGCUGUCCACCCUCCUCCUGGUCCUGUUGGUCCUGUUGGUCCUGCUCCUCCUUACAGCUCACCUGGACAACCUGGAGGGGUGAGAACAUAGACGGCAGGACUCUGAAUUUUGGGUUUAAGAUAUAAAGGAUGCUCACAUUCUCUGUUUUUGAAGCACCAAUAAUCAGAGAUUGUUUUUAUAAUUGUUGUGGCUUGAAUGUUUGUGAAAUUACUGUUCUAAUUAGAGCAGGUAACAGAAUAAAUAAUUAACAUAAUCAGAACCAAUCAUAAGAUCUAAUCUGAUCCUGAUUGAGAUUACCAAUAUGAUGUAAUCUGAUCCCCAGUGAGAUUAAUAAUCUGAUUUAAUUUGAUUGUGGUAGAAAUUCUUGUUUUGAUUUACUAAUCUGAUCCGGACUGAGAUUAUUAAUCUGAUUUGUUAACUUGUGCUGGUGGACAAAUAUCUGAAAACAUGGCGAUCACUGACUGGGCCCAUUUCUAAUGUGUGUGUGUGUGUGUGUGUUUGUGUGCAUGUACAGGUGUACUACCAUGGUCCUGACCCUAACAUGGUAAUUAUGCACAUUCUGAUUGUCUGAUUAUUUUCAAUUUAUCUCUGGAUUGUUAUAGUCCAUGGUUAAAAGCAUGUUUUAAUUUGUGUGUGUGUGUGUGUGAACAGGGACCUGUAGUUUACCCCCCUCCUCAGCCUGCAGCUCCUCAGUGGGUUGGCCCCGCCCCCGCCCCCGCCCCCGCCCCGGUGAGCAGGAUAUACCUCAUUUACUGAACCAUUUCAAAAUAAAAGUUGUGUUCCUUUUAUUUCUUUUUUACUGAUCUCACCUCUGGGUUCUCUGUAGGGUUUCAACCCUGCCUACCCCCCUCAGAACCCCAGCUAUCCCCCUGCUGGUCCACAAUGGAACGGUCCACCUCCAGCCCAGUUCCCACCAGGCCCAGCUGCUCCAAUGGUACAACCCUCUCUCUAACUCUGGGUUCGAUCUUUAAUAUUUAGAGUAACUAAAUACAGUAAAUAUAUUAGUGAAUACAGAGGAGGUCUUUUUGAUUAAUACACACUGAUCCUGUGUUUGUAUGUGUGUGUGUGUGUAGGGCUAUGCUCCAGCUCCUGUCAUGUACAGCGCUCCCCCAGCAGGGGGUGGCAGUGAGACUAAAGAGGAGCUAAGGAUGGAGAACAUGAACCCCUCGCCUGCAGAGCCCUUGCUGACUGACAAACCACAGGUAUGUGUAUACACACACUUACAAACACACACACCCCCACACACGGUAUUAAGUAUGAUAUCAUAAUCACCGGAUCAGUAGGUGGGGCCAUGAUUUAGGGGGCAGGGUCGUGUUAAUAGGUUAGUGUAGGGAGGCUGUGGCUUGGUGGUACAGUCUGCAGUUGCUGGGGUUUGAUCCCGGUUCCUGCUAUCCACACACUGAGGAGGCCUUUGGAUGGACUCUGAGCUCUCUGCUGCCUCCUGCUGGCUGAGCUCAGCUGUGUGAGCGGGAUCAGAGCUGUCACAGCAUCAGAGCACUCAGCUCUGUUAGCCGCCCAGCAGAGACAUGAUCACUCCUGCUGCGCUUCUGACAAGGAGACUGAUACUAUUCAGAACCUCCAUGGAUUAGAGACCUUAUGAACUGACUUCAGAAAAAAUCAAUAUGCUACAAGACGACGUGCUCUCAACUUUUACAUGAUAUAACAGCCGGCUCUGAAUCAGAUGAAAAAGAUGGACCCCUUUGAAAGUUUAUAUAUUAUUUUCUCCAUGCACUGCUGCGUUUUAGAUGCUUUAAAGAUUUGUGUGUAUAAACAGAUGUUUAUGUUAAACUCAGAGGACAGACUGCUCAGAAUGUGCUGUUUCUCUAAGACUGAUGCUGUCAUCCCAUCACCCCCCCAGUCCCUUUAAAGAGAGGAUGAAAUUCUGCCAUCCCAGGACAGGCUGGUAGUUUAGAGUGUGCCUCAUACGUAGCAGAGUUUCUACAGGUAGAGCAUUUAAAUACUUACUGAAUCACCUGGAUCUGGUGAUUUACUCACAAACAACCAAAAGUAUGCUCACAAGAAUCAUGACAGCAUCUGAUGUUGACCUUUGAACUCACCUGCCUGUAACACCUCCUGUAGCUGUCUGACUCAGAGGAAGGUACGUCUGAUCACCUGUAGGAAGUCUGAUCAGUCACCUGUAGAAAAUACACACCUGUAAAAACACAUACACACAACUGUAGAAAAUAGACAUCUGUAAAAAACACACUCAUAACUGUAGAAAAUAUGCCUGUACCUGUAGAGAAAAACACACACCUGUAGAGUGUCUACAUCAAGGUGUAUUAUCUCUGCAAAUGAUAACACACCUUCUCAGCUUCUCGGUGAACCUGUUAGAGGAAUGUGAGUUUACAAGUGUGUGAAAAUGUGUUUGUGUGUCUAUCAUAUUCAGAUUAAGUGGAAAUUAACUUUCAGGUGUUAUCAGGUGUAAUUAUAUGUGUGUGAUAAACUCUUUGCUCCACCCCUACACAGACUGACCCCACCCCUGCCUCCACGGAUGCCCCUGCCCCUGAUGGGGCCUUCAAGUUCCAGAUUGAUGGAGCGAAAAACACCACCAACUUCCUGUAAAGCUGCAGGAUGUGAUGUCAUAGCGCCCCCUGGUAGACAGUUGGAGUAUUAGUGUGGGGAUGCAGGGCGGGGUUUAUGUUAGGGAGGUGUGUGUCUGUCUGUGUGGGUAGGGGGUGGGGUGAGGUGGGGUAUUUAAACCUGCAGGAGGAGCUACUGAAGAUGGAGGUGUGUUAGCAUUGUUAGGAUCAUUAGCAUUAUUAGCAUUGUUAGCAUGUGUGAGAUCAGAGGUUUGGGAUCACUUUAAAUCUGUUGAUUCAUUUAAAUUCAUUCAUACACAUGAUGAAAGUUAAUUCUGUGUAAUUAAGUUCUAAAGUUUGUCCACAGCUCCAUAGAGAUUGCUGGAGGAGGUGGGAUUUAUGACCUAUACUGCAGCUCGUCACCAGAGGGUGCUGUUCUCUUCACCCAGUGAGGAGGCAGAUGGCGUUCAUUCUAUAUACCGUCCAUGGUUAAAACUCUUAAUCUCAUUCAAACAUGAUCAGCAUUGAAGUCUCCCAUUUAGUCAUUUUUUUAACAGUCAACUCUUUUUUUUGCCUGCCUAUCACUGAGAUUUAAAGAAGACAGUGGAGUUUAUUAGUCUGCAGAGUUUUAGAUCUACAUCAUGACACACAGACACACACACACCUCAUGUGUGUUUGUUUGUUUAUUAGUGUAACACACUGACUCUAUAACUAUUCAUCUCAUUUAUCUCUUUUAUUCCACCGUAUACUCUCACCUGUAACCUCUGGCUCAUCAUGUUAUUGGUGAAUAUAUUUACCUGUGUGUCACUGGAUCAAAUCUGACCUUUGACCUUGUUUAGGGACAGAUUUUCUUGUUGUAAUGUUAGUUUAUCAGUGAGAUCAGAGACACGAUUCAGAGAAACACAGACAGUCCUCAGAGUUACUCAAAGCUCAGCCUCAGACCCAGAUAAUGCUAACAGCUAACCGUGGUUUGUGGUAACAUAGAUCUUUAUACAGUCUGGUUCUCUUUAGCCUUUAUUCCCUGUGGGUCAGCCAACUACACCUGCAGAGUUAGCUCACCUGCAGCCUCUCUCCUCCAGAAGUGCUCUUUAUACACAAUACUUACUAACAACACAACACAUGAUGUAGCAAACUCUGUAACAGUUUUACACAAAGUAACACACUGUGAUGCAGUUUGUAACUUUGUGCUGCCGAAUGAAGACCAGUUCUGAUCUUAAAUCACAGUGCUUUAACCCUAGACUCACUAUAUAACACAGUGAAUGUUACAAGGUUACACUGUAAGACUGUGUAACAAUUAUAAAAGUGUAAUAAUACUGCACACUAGAAACAACAUUUAAUAUUGUGAAACAAUUUGUGCAAGAGUGUGUUACACAAAGUGUUUCACAGCAUUAAAUGUGUUACACUCUUACUCACAUACUCUCUGGGUAACAAUGUAACAUAGUCUUACUGUGUGACAGUGCGUGCACUACAGUCUGUUGUUCCCCUCAUAUCACAGUCCAGUGUGUUACCCUGUUACACCUUCAUUUACAAAGGAAACUGCUACUGUGAGUGACUGUUACAUUUUUACACACUGCCUCAGAGUGAGAUACCUGAUUGUUCUUGAUGGUUCUGGUUCUGGUUUCUGAUGGUUCUCAUACCAGAGGGACUCUGAUGGUUCUGAUCCAGUAAGACUUUCAUGUUUCUGAUAACAGCAGAACUCUGAUGGUCCUGGUUUUGUGGUCUUGUCAAACAGCAGCUACCUCAUGUUUGGAAUUUAACCCUUCUCUUUGGUCACAUGGGAUACAUAUCAGCCAAUCAGAGAGAAGCAGGAAGUAUCAGCCUCCUGUUUGUAGUCCUGGUCCGCUAAUCUCACUUGGUGCCUCAGUCUUGUGUACAGAUCUAGUCAUGUCUUGGUUUCUUACCUGUGUGACUCUCUAAGGUGUACCUGUGAUCCUCUGAUUACGUUACCAUGUUUUAUUCAGUGAUGCUCCUUGUCAACCAACAACAUGUCAAUAAAGUUUGUAUUUGUACACUCCAA